AUGGCAGCAAUUAGUUUUAGACGCGAAAUUCAUCUAAAUUACGGAGGACCAUGGGCAGAGAAGCCAAAUUAUUCAUCGCAGGCAGAUGCUAGGGAAGGCCUUGAGCAUGAUGAUAUCAGCGUGUUAUUAUGCUUACAACCCGGCAAAGCGCAACUAACCCUGCAAUCGGACAGCUGUCCUUACUGUCAACAUAUACCGAAUGAAUAUAGAACGAAUUUAUUGCUUGGUGACAAGUUAGCAGAACUCAAAUUUCCGUUGCUAGAAGAGGAUGUAUUAUUUUAUCUGUUUUAUAAUUAUCCCGGUGAGCAAUAUCAAAUUGCUGCUGCUUAUGAGCUAUAUAUAAGGGAGUGGCGCUAUCACAAAAUGAGGCGUGUUUGGUUAAGGCGUUUCGAUUACAAAAGUGUCAAGGAAUGUACAACCAUAUACGAGAAAGGAUCAUACAGUGUAUUCGAUCCAUUUCGCUGGAGAAAAUUAUCAGUGAAAAUGGUGCUGUUUUAUAAAGAUCUUGAAAACAAGCCAACAUUACCACCAGCUAUGAAGAAAUAUUUUGAUCCAUAA